AGAAGCUGCGUCUCUGUGGCUCCCGGAGUUUCUGUCCAAGGUGCUGAAAUCUGCUGCUCCGGGGACGGCUCACGUGACUGCGCUUCCUCCCUCUGUGAGAACAGAACAGGAUGCUGUGUGUGCGCGUGUGUAGGCUAUGCACGGGGACACCUCAGUCCUGAUCAUGAGCGAUUCGGGCUCACGCGGAAGGCUUCUCUAAGACGGCGUCGGGGGUUGUUGUAGUAUGCUCGCAGCGUGGAAUUACUGCAUUUGAAUGCGUAACUUUGACUAUACUGUAUGUGCAUCCUUUUCUUCUUCUUUUGUAUUUCUUUCGCCGUUGCAGGCAUUAGUGUGGCAACUGUGGAUGGGCACACGGGAGUGGGCUGCUGCCCACCAAGUCUGACUGUGUUUCGGAGGUGCUGAGAAGAAGAACAUGUAAGAGUCCGCAGGCAUCCCCGCAGAUCCUCUCGGAUUCACAGCCAAAAUGCAGAAAGGUUUGAGACUCAAUGAUGGCCACAUCACCUAUCUGGCUCUUUUGGCCAAGAAGGAUGGGACGAGGCGAGGUUGCCUGAGUAAGAAAAGCUCAGACAACACAAAAUGGCAUUCAAAGUGGUUCGCUUUGUUGCAGAAUAUGCUAUUUUAUUUUGAGAACGACUCCAGCUCACGCCCCUCCGGACUGUACCUGUUGGAGGGAUGUGUUUGUGACAGGGCACCGUCACCGAAACCAUCUCUCUCAGCGAAGGAAUGCUUAGAGAAGCAGUACUACUUUACGGUCACAUUCAAUCAUGACAACCAAAAGGCUUUGGAGCUGCGCACGGAGGACGUCAAGGACUGUGAUGAGUGGGUGGCUGCCAUCAUACAGGCCAGUUACAGGAACCUAGCUACAGAGCAUGAGACCCUCAUGCAGAAGUAUCUUCAUCUACUCCAAAUAGUGGAGACGGAGAAAACGGUUGCCAAGCAACUUCGACAACAGAUAGAGGAUGGGGAAAUCGAGAUAGAGCGGCUAAAAUCAGAGAUCGCUGGACUGCUCAAGGACAAUGAAAAGAUCCAGUCAAAUCCAGAGGUACCUCCCAGUGAAGAUGACACCGAGAUUAAGAAGAUCAAAAAGGUCCAGAGUUUCCUGCGAGGUUGGAUUUGCCGCAGGAAGUGGAAAACCAUCAUCCAGGACUACAUCCGUUCACCCCACGCUGAAAGCAUGAGGAAGAGGAACCAGGUGGUGUUUAGCAUGCUGGAGGCCGAGGCUGAAUAUGUCCAGCAACUCCACAUCCUGGUCAACAACUUCCUGCGGCCGCUCCGCAUGGCCGCCAGCUCCAAGAAGCCGCCCAUUACUCACGAUGAUGUCAGCAGCAUCUUCCUUAACAGUGAGACCAUCAUGUUCCUCCAUCAGAUCUUCUACCAGGGCCUGAAGGCCCGGAUAGCCAGCUGGCCGACACUGGUGCUGGCUGACCUAUUUGACAUCUUGCUGCCCAUGCUGAACAUCUACCAGGAGUUUGUGAGGAACCACCAGUACAGCCUGCAGAUCCUGGCCCACUGCAAACAGAACCGAGACUUCGAUAAGCUGCUGAAGCAGUAUGAGGCCAAGCCCGACUGUGAGGAGAGGACACUGGAGACCUUUCUCACUUACCCCAUGUUUCAGAUCCCUCGUUACAUCCUGACGCUGCAUGAGUUGCUGGCUCACACCCCCCAUGAACAUGUGGAGAGAAACAGUUUAGACUACGCUAAGUCAAAACUGGAGGAACUUUCCAGAAUCAUGCAUGAUGAGGUGAGUGAGACGGAGAACAUCAGGAAGAACCUAGCUAUUGAGCGGAUGAUUGUGGAGGGUUGUGAAGUUCUGCUGGACACCAGUCAGACAUUUGUUAGGCAAGGUUCCCUGAUCCAGGUCCCGAUGAGCGAGAAAGGGAAGAUCACGAGAGGCCGACUGGGCUCUCUGUCUCUGAAGAAAGAAGGCGAGAGACAGUGUUUCCUUUUCUCCAAACAUCUCAUCAUUUGUACCCGAGGCUCCGGUGGAAAACUUCACAUCACUAAGAAUGGAGUGGUCUCUCUCAUUGACUGCACACUGAUGGAGGAGCCAGAGGGGACAGACGAUGAGUCCAAAGGGGAGCGGAGUGGGCAGGACACAGAGCAUCUGGAUUUUAAAGUGAUGGUAGAGCCCAAAGACGUUCAGCCCUACACCAUCAUCCUGGUGGCUUCAUCCCGACAGGAGAAGACAGCGUGGACAAGUGACAUCAGCCAGUGCAUAGACAACAUCCGCUGCAAUGGUCUGAUGAUGAACGCCUUUGAGGAAAACAGUAAAGUCUCCGUGCCACAGAUGAUUAAGUCGGACACCAGCUUGUACUGCGAUGAUGUCGAUAUCCGCUUCAGCAAGAUGAUGAACUCCUGCAAGGUGCUGCAGAUCCGCUAUGCCAGCGUGGAGCGUUUGUUGGAGAGGCUGACCGACUUGCGCUUCCUCUCCAUCGACUUCCUGAACACCUUCCUCCACUCCUACCGCGUCUUCACUAGUGCUGACGUAGUGCUGGACAAGCUCAUCACCAUCUACAAGAAGCCCAUCAGUGCCAUCCCUGCACGUUCUUUGGAGCUUUUCUUUGCCAGCAGCCAGAGCAACAAACUCCUCUAUGGCGAGCCACCCACGUCGCCGCGUGUCAGCCGCAAGUUCUCCUCCCCUCCUCCUCUCUCCAUCACCAAGACGUCCUCGCCUAACCGCCGUCGCAAGCUUUCGCUCAACAUCCCCAUCAUCACAGGGGGCAAAGCCCUGGACCUGGCUGCACUCAGCUGCUCUCCCAAUGGCUAUGCAAGCAUGCACUCCACCAUGUCACCCUUCAGUAAGACCACCCUCGACAUCAACAAGCUCUAUGUGACUAGCACCGUGGCCAGCAAAAUCCCCGAUGAGGGAGAGACCAAAGCGGAAGGCAAAGCUGAGGAGUCUGUCCUCAACAAGCAAGAUCUGUGUGUCAGAGAGGAAUGUGAUGGGGAGCCGAGUCAGAGUGACGAAGCAGAAGCAGAAAUGUCUCCUCCCAAAUCACCAUCAACACCCAAGAACGUCAAGUCCAAAAACUCUGAGUUUUCCCUGUUUUCCUUCAACAAUGGCAUGGUGGUGUCAUCUUGCCGGGAGCUGGACAAUAACCGCAGUGCCCUUUCUGCCGCCUCGGCCUUUGCCAUUGCAACCGCUGGUGCCAAUGAAGGCACACCAACCAAGGAGAAGUACCGUCGUAUGUCGCUCGCCAGCACAGGUUUUCCUACAGACCAGAGGAAUGGGGACAAAGAGUUUGUUAUCAGGAGAGCUGCCACAAACAGAGUCCUGAAUGUGCUGCGUCACUGGGUCUCCAAACACUCGCAGGACUUUGAGCUGAACACAGAGCUGAAGAUGCGGGUAAUUGGCUUCCUGGAGGAGGUGAUGCAUGACCCAGAGCUCCUGACACAGGAAAGAAAGGCAGCUGCCAACAUCAUCAGGACUCUCACUCAGGAGGACCCUGGAGACAACCAGGUCACGCUGGAAGAGAUCACGCAGAUGGCCAUGGAGGACUGUAAGACUGAGCCGUUUGAGAGCCACUCUGCCCUGGAGAUAGCUGAGCAACUCACACUGCUCGACCACCUGGUCUUCAAAGUCAUCCCAUACGAGGAGUUCUUUGGUCAAGGCUGGAUGAAGAAUGACAAGAAUGAGAGAACUCCCUACAUUAUGAAAACAACCAAGCAUUUCAACGAUAUCAGCAACAGGAUCGCCACAGAGAUCCUGCAGUGUGACGAUGUCAACCUGCGAGUGGGGGUGAUUGAAAAAUGGGUGGCAGUGGCUGACAUCUGUCGCUGCCUCCACAACUACAACGCCAUGCUGGAGAUCACAUCCUCUCUCAACCGCAGCUCUGUCUUCCGCCUCAAGAAGACCUGGCUUAAAGUUUCUAAGCAGACAAAGACUGUGAUCGACAAGUUACAGAAGCUGGUGUCAUCAGAGGGGCGUUUCAAAAACUUGAGAGAAGCUCUGAAGAACUGUGACCCUCCCUGUGUUCCCUACCUGGGAAUGUACCUGACUGACCUGGCCUUCAUCGAGGAGGGAACACCUAACUACACCGAGGACAACCUGGUCAACUUCUCCAAGAUGAGAAUGAUAUCUCACAUUAUAAGAGAAAUACGGCAAUUUCAGCAAACGGCUUACAAGAUUGAUUAUCAACCAAAGGUUGCAAAGUACUUGCUGGACAGCAGUUCAGCCCUGGAUGAGGAGAGCCUUUACGACGCAUCUCUAAGAAUCGAGCCCAAAACUUCAUCAUGAAGAGGAUCUCUCUCUCUCUCUCUCUCUCUCUCUCUCUCUCUCUCUCUCUCUCUAUCUAUCUAUUUAUCUCUCUCUCUCUCUCUCUCUCUCAAUCAAAUCAAACCUCAUAUUGAUCAAGUUUCAAGUUAUUUAUUGCAUUAUUUAUUACAGUUCCAGAGAAGCAGUUGUUGGCAAUGAAAAUCUUGGAUCUCAGGCUCCGACCAACAAUGCUCAUUAAAUAUAUAUAAAAAGAGGGGUGACCUGUAGCGGCCCGGGUUUGAAUCCGACCAAAGGCCCUUUGCUGCGUGUCAUCCCCCAUCUCUCCCCCACCUUUCCUGUCUAUACACUUCACUAUCUUAUAAAAAAAGCCCCUCCAAAAAAGAAAAUCACCCAAGUACAAAUUGGCAAUCUAAUACAUAAAAUACUGCAUACAUCAUAGGGAUACAUAUAAAGUAUAUAAAAUAAAAUAAUAUAAAUUUGUAGUAGACAGUAAUUGCAACAUGAAUAAACUAAACAAGGAUCUAGUAAAUAUGUAUGCAUAAUGAGAAAUAAUGAAUAUAUAUAUAUACUGUAUAUAUAUAUAUAUACAGAGAUGUAAACAGGACUGUGUAAAACAGGAAGUGAAAAUUAUAUAUAGGUAACGAUACUGAUGAGCUCAACAGUUCAGCAGUCUUAUGGCCUGUGGGAUGAAGCUGUCCCUGAGCCUGGUGGUGCACCAGCGCAUGCUGCGAUACCGUCCGCAGAACGGCAACCCCUGGGGUGGUUGGGGUCCCUGACAAUCCUUUUGGCUUUCUUUCUGCACCGCUGAGUGUAGAGGUGCUCCAUGGAUGGCAGCGCCGUCCUGGUGAUGAGCUGAGCAGUUUCACCAUCCUCUGUAGAGCUCUGUAGAGGGCGGUGCAACUGCCAUACCAGGCGGUGAUGCAGCCGUUGCUGUGGAGUGUACAGAAACAAUAUAUCAUAAUGUACAUACUAUUAUUUGUAUUAGACACAGUAGGCUGUGCCCUUCUAGUAUGUGGUCCCCAAUGGACUCGUUCUGUAUAAUCGUUAUUAGAGAAUGAGUAGAAGCCCAGAGAGGUUUUAUUUAUAUAGUUACAGAGUAUUUAUAUGUUAUUUAUCGUCUUAAAUACCAUUUUAUGAUAGUUAUUUUCAAACAGAAUACACACAUGAGAGUGCAUACAGACAAGCUAUUUAGUCAUAUCCUAUUGGGAACGUGCAGUACAUAAAAAGCUCUCAUUCAUGGAAAAUGGGGGUCACAUUUGACACAUGAUGAUCAACUCCCACUUUUCUGCACAGAUGUCAAAGUCAAAGAGAAAACUGCACAUAAGCUCAGUUGUCCCCAUACAAGCAUUCUGCCUGAUUAGUAUAGCAGCCAGUAUUUAGCCUAUUUGUCCUCAAGUGUAGAUAUUCAAAGUUAAAAGUAAUACAAAUAUCUGCUAAUCUACUAGCUGCAUGAUCGUUAAUUCAAAGUUGUGUAUUAAGAUUUAAGAUUUCAGUCCUGGUUGAUUUGAAUCCAGCGCAGAAAUGACUCCACCACUAAAAGUAAAUACUGCUAAUUAUUGAAUGUGGAAUGGGAUGUGAUUACCAAAAACAUUAAGGUUUUGAACUUUUUAAAACUUUCCUUUCAGAGAAAUAAAUGGGGUAAAAAGUGGAACUGCUGUGGUGGCUAAAGUUAAAUCAUGUGCUCUGAUGUUUUAUGUAGCCACUGAAUGAGAAAGACACUUGGAAGUGUUGGGAGUCAAACUGAAACAACAUUACCUGCUCAUUUCCGAUUGAACUGGGAAACAUGUUUUCAGUUUGGAGAGAUGGGUUUUUAUGCUUUGCUUCUUAUCACCUUAUUCCCCUGGUGGGCAAAAUGAUGUACAGUAUAAGCGACGGGCAGUGUAUGUAGCAGAUGUAACCAAUAUUGCGCCACUUCAUGAAGUUAAAUUCCCAGCUUCACUCAGACAGUAAGAGCAUAGUUUGUAUGGUUAAUCCUCUUUGGCCAGUGCAUUAUGGUUUUGCCUUAAUCAUGAAAUGGAUUAUAUACCACAAAAGUAUGUAAACUAUUUUGUUCUACGAUUUGCCAAUGAAGCAGAAAUAUUUGCUGUGUACAAUAUUGUGUACAGGCAGUCUGAUGCAUUUCCUAACGUGCAAUGUGUUAAAAACAUAUCCCUCGAAAUGUGUUAUCCUUAUGAUUGUUCAACUCUGUAAUAAAUUCUGUGUAUAAUACUUUAAAGCAAAUGUUGAAAACAACUUAUAAGUGUAACACAUUCUGUAUCCUGUCUACUCCAAUGUGUUAGCAGGACCUAUACAGUAGUAAUAUUGUGCUUAUUCUUAAAAUAUUUAUAGGUAUUUUUUACAGGCUUUGUAUAAAAAAACACCUAAAGCUUAAGUGGCACGCAUGUACCACUUUCACGUGUUCAAAUUAAAUCUAUAUCUAGAACAGUAUGUGAACUGUAUUUAAACCCCACCCUUGCACAUGAAUCUUUACCCUCUUAACAGGCACAUCAAAUGUUUGCAGUGAGCAAUACCCAGUGGUAUGAGGAUUAUCUUUCAGUCUAUUUCAACAGCUUGAGUAGUAUUUCCAGUUUUGUAUAAAAGUGUAUUCUUUCCUGAUUACCUCUUGUUAAUAAAUCUAUUCUUUCUCAGGGGGA